AUGACAAUUUCUUUAUGCAUUAUUGCAUUCUUCUCUGAUCUUAAUACUGCCUAUAAAUUGGGUAGUCUGGGUAUUAAGCUAGAACCUAGAAGUAAUUUUACUCUAACCAAACGAAACGCUGGAGACUUUACAUUCUAUGAUGUGGGCCUUGGUGCAUGCGGUGAAACUAAUUCGGACAGUGAUUUUAUUUGUGCAUUAUCAAGAGAACAGUUCGGUUCUUCACCUGGUGGCAAUUCAAAUAAGAAUCCAAACUGCGAUAGGAUGAUUAAAGCGUCCUUUGGUUCGAAAACAGUUACAGUCAAGGUUGUGGAUCUAUGUGAAGGAUGUUCUGCAGAUGAUCUUGAUUUAAGUCCGGCAGCAUUUGACGAACUCUCUCCUGCUUCGGCGGGACGUAUAAAAGGCACUUGGGAGUUCACAUCAUAA